UUUAAGUGAUGUAUAACCCUACAAAAAUACUAAGAUAUAUUACAUUUGCAAAACCGCGGAUACGAAUGUUUAUUCGUCCAUCAUAUGGACAAUAUCAGGAUAUUGUAAAAGAGCUUUAUUUACGUGAAUUAAAAAAUUGUAAACCAUUUGUUAUUAAAUCAAAUGAUUCAGAAGGUCAAGUAAAGGCUUGGAAACUUCCAGAUGCACCGAAAGUUCCUGAAAUAGAUAUAAAUAUUGACGAAGAGUUGAAAGUCUAUGAAAAAGAAGUAGAAACGGAGACAUCAGUUUUAUCAGAUGCUAAGGAUCCUUUGGAUGAACUAUUUGAAAAGGAAGAAGAAAGUAUGAAUCAUUAAUUAUAUAUUUUUUUC